UAAGUCCUUUCUAGUUUCUAAAUUGUUAGCAUUCCUGCCAGUUGCUUUUCAGCCAUUUGCUUGACGAAGUUCUUCUCUCCCAAACACACACUUUCUGACAUUCUGGAAGAGAAGACUAAAGGAUGCACACAGACUCCCAGUUCUCCAAAAUCAGUUCCUGAGAGCUAGAGGGAAGAGUUGAAUGCACUGAACCCCACACCAGCCAGCAAUUUUCACUUCUUUGCUUUACUUAAAAGAGCGAGUCCACAAUAAGAUCUUCAGUGGAGCAGCAUCUGUAAAACAUUUACCACAUGUCCUAGCUCUUUGUGCCAGGAUACUGAGAAGAUCCUAUUCUGGAAAAGUCUGCCUCUUGUCAUUUAAUCUGGAAUCUCUCUCUGCGGGUACAACUUUCCAGGGGAGCACACAUUUCACAAGGCCGAGAUACUUGCCAAGAUGAUCCAUUUGCAAAGUGCACAGAAGCUGCAGAUGCUGGAGAAAUCUUUGAGGAUGGGCCUCCCUGAGUCCCUCAAGGUUUAUGGGACUGUCUUCCACAUGAACCAGGGAAACCCAUUCAAGCUUAAGGCCGUGGUGGACUCAUGGCCAGAUUUUAACACCAUAAUUGUUCAUCCUCAGGAGCAGGAAAUGACUGAUGACCUCGAUCACUACACCAACACUUACCUCAUCUACUCCAAGGAUCCUGAGCAAAGCCAGGAAUUCCUUGGUUCCCCAGCAAUCAUCAACUGGAAACAGCACUUGCAGAUUCAAAGUUCACAGUCCAGCCUGAACAGAGUAAUACAAAAUCUUGUAGACAUCAAUUUAAGCAAGGUGACGCACACACAAUGCAAUCUCUACAUGAUGUUUGAUACAGCAAAGAGACUGGUUCCUUCUCUGGUGGACAUAAAGAAUUUACCACCCAAUGGAGACAAACCCAAGUCCCUCAACCAAGAGAUGUUCAAAUUCUCAUCCCUGGAUGUUACCCACACUGCUCUGGUGAACCAAUUCUGGCACUUUGGUGGCACUGAGAGAAGCCAGAGAUUCAUCGAGCGCUGCAUCCGCACUUUCCCCAGCAUCUGUCUGCUGGGGCCUGAGGGGACACCAGUGACCUGGAGCCUGAUGGACCACACUGGAGAGCUGCGAAUGGGAGCUACUGUGCCUGAGUACCGGGGCCAGGGUCUCAUGUAUCAUAUGGCCUUUUACCAGCUCCAGGCUCUGGAAAAACUAGGCCUCCCUCUCUAUGCCCAUACUGAUAAGGCCAACCACAUUAUGCAGAGAGUGAUGGCCAAGCUGCGCCACGUCCCCAUGCCCUGUGACUGGAACCAGUGGAACUGUGUGCCACUGUAAAGAUGGCCCUAAACAUAGGUCACUGAGUAGUGUGCAGGUGGCUGGCGAAGGGCGUGUGCAAUCCCUCAGCUUGGAGUGGACCCUGAGCUCGGGGAUGGAGGGAUGUGUGCUAAAUGUUCCAGCCCUCAAAUCAAUCACAAGGCAGCCCUCGCUUCCUCAGUGUGGAGUGGGCCCAGCACUCCUGCUUCCAGGCUGACACAGCUGCUCAUUUCUGGGACCUUUGAUGUGUGUUAAUCCACUUCCUGCUUUCUCCUUUGCUCUUACCUCAUUCAGUCUUGCCUAUUUGCUGGGACAUGGAUUCUUAGGAUUUUCCCCUCUGGGCUUCUGUGGCUUUUCUUUUAUUGUCUGGAGAGGUCUCUCUUCUCAAUAGGUCUUUUUAAAUCCUUUGUCAGGUCACUUCCUAGACCUUGUAUGAUAACCAUGUGAAACAAAUUUCACACAUAUAUACACAUAAAUAAUAUAUGUGGUGUAAUUCUAGGAAUUAUUAAGAAAGAGAAGAACUGGUAGUAUUUUUGCAAAUAGCAUCAAUAUCUUUUGCAAUGAAUUAUGUUUUGCUAUUAAUGGCCCAAAAAA